AUGACCUACUCUCCUCUGGGGGCUACAUUUGGAUUGAGAUCUGAGAAGUUUCUUGAGAGCUUCAGGGAUUAUCACAGGUACCAUAACAAAUUAAAUUUGAAAUUGCAAAAGUUGAAUCGUCGAUUGCAGUUAACCACGAAAGAUACCAAGAAAUAUUCUGCAAAAGAGAAAUAUUCCAAAAUAAGCAAAGAAGAUUAUAAUGGUAAUAGAUUAUUUGGGUUAUUGGUUUUGUUACAUGCAGAAAGGAAUCUAGCCUUUGUUGAAAGCUUGAAGUUGCAAGCCAAGCAACGAGGUAAAUGGAAGAAGUCGGAAAAGAAAUUGCUAACCACUCGACUCAAGAGAGUUUGCCAGACUACUGCUAAGCUGUUGGAAAUAACUGAAGAUGAGGAUAAAUGGCAUGUGAAGGUAGAGCUGUUGGUAUAUAAUAAGCUAGCUGUUGCUGAAUACUUGUUGAGUGGGAAACACACCGAGAAAAAGAAUUCCGAACUAAUAGCUGGAGAACUUUCGCUGGCAUUCCUGGCAUUGGAAUAUUUGAAUUCAAUUAAAUUGGUUUCCGAUGAUGUUAUCGACAUGAUUACCUCCAACUAUGAAUACUCAUUGAGGCAGAAUUCUCAGAAGCUUUCUUCUAAAGAUUUGAGGCAUUUUAUAAAUAGUCAGCCUGAGGCUAACUUGGACGAUCCUUUAGUCAAGCUUCUGAUUGAGAAUGGUUACAAGAGAAAAUCUGUUGAUCCCGAUGAAGAGGACGAUAAAAGUUCCGAAAUUUCGUGGAGAUCUUAUACAGCUCAGAUACGUGAUCCUAGAGUUGUCCAAUUGCUUCGUGAGGCCCACUCCGUCAAAUUAACAGAUAUAUCAAGUUAUAGUAACAAGUUGAUAAAAUGGGAAAAAGCUUUGGAAGCUCAGAAGCAAUUCAUCAAGCAGAGCCACGAUGAAGGUGAUUACCAGGAAGGCGAGGAUGAUCAAAUAUUAUUGACUUACUUGAAAUAUAGUUCGUUCUUUACUACUAUUGAACGUGAUAAUAUAUUGUUUCAACAGCUAUGGAAGCAGUGGCUUUUAUCAACUAGUUCAAACAGGAUAGUCAAGUUCAAAAAACUUGAACGCAUUGUCCAUAACUUAUCAACGUACCUGCAGGAAGUUAUGGAAUUGCCAGGUGUCUAUUCAGAUGAUGAAUUGAUGGCCCAGUUAAUUCUGGUCAAAACCUACUACAAUAUCUACCUUGAUAGUGGGUGCUUAGCCACAUUGUACCAAUCUAGUGGUAAGUAUUUGGAAGCAUUGGCACUGUACGUCAAUUCUUUGAAGCAAUUGGACAACGCCAUGAAAUCCGUUGAUGUAUUAGAUUUAAAGUUGCCAGGGGAUAUUUUAACGGAUGCUAAGGUACAAGAAGUACGCGAAUUUAUUACAACUGGUUGUCAAAAUAUUGUUGCAUUAGCAGAAUACAGUAAGUCAGUCCAAAAACAAAGUUCUAGAUAUGAUCCAUCCCUGAUUGAAAGGAUUAAUAGAAACUUUCAAAUCGACUAUAGUGAUAUUUCACUUGAAAACUUGUUUCCAUUACGGCCCCAAAUCAAGCCAGUCAAUGCAAAGCCAGCCUUAUUCGAUUUGGCUUAUAACUAUCUAAGUUUUAACAGAGUGCCUGCAGCAAAAAAUCAAACCCAACCAAAAUCCACAGAUAUAAAUAAGGAGGCUCCUAAGAAAAAGAGUAUCUUUGGAUUAUUCAGUCGCUGA